AUGUCAACCACAGACUCCCUCUCUCUGGCCGGCAAGACAGCCAUCAUCACUGGUUCCGGUAAAGAGAACGGCAUCGGAGCCGCCAUCGCCCUCGCUCUUGCUAGGAAUGGUGCUCGUGUUGCCAUCAACUAUGUCUCGGAAGCCACUGCUCCUCGCUCUUUGAAAGUUGCAGCGAGCAUUGAAGAAGUGGCAGGCAAGGGCAGCGUCGUGAUUAUUCAACAGGAUGUCACUACGCCUGAGGGAACCAAGAAACUAGUUGAAAAGGCUAUUGCGGGCUUUGGUGUUGACCGUAUCGACAUUCUUGUUAACAAUGCCGCAUGGGCUUCGCGAGAGCCCGCCUUGACUGCGGCCCAAGAGGGUAUUGAAAAAACAUUCAAUACUUGUGUUUUGGGGCCACUGUAUCUCAUCCAAGCUACAGUCCCACAUAUGCCACAAGGUGGAAGGAUCAUCAAUGUCGGCAGCGUGGCGUCAAAGCUCGGAAUCGAGGCGGUUUAUGGAGCUGCAAAGGCAGCCAUGGACGCUUUGACGUACAGUCUGGCAAGAGAUCUUGGAAGCGACAACAAACGCAUCACCAUCAACACCGUGAUGCCCGGCCCUGUGCUCACCGACUCGCUGAAAGCCGAAGAGUUUGAAAUGCUGAAGGAAGGGUUGCUCAACUUGACACGAGCAGAGAGGCGAUUUGGAACAGUUGAGGACAUUGCAGACUCGGUGCUGCUUCUUGCAAACGAGAAGAGCCGAUGGAUUACUGGAGAGGUCAUCUCUGUCAGUGGUGGCAUAACAGGCAAUUAA